AUGCAUAUAAGCUGCUAUUUGUGCCUACUGCUAUUUUGGCUUGCCGUCUCCCUGGCAGACACAGUCACAGUUUCAUUAGGCGACAUCGGGCAAUAUGUUGGCUCUGCGACAAGUACUCCGACUUUGAGCGGCAGUGUAAUCGAAUUCGACACCGACGGAAAAGCAGAUGGCGGACUUGGCAUCUUUCUCUCCAGUGAUCUGCAGAAAAAUAUCAAUAUCGCCCUGAAUUCAAAUUGUGAUCUUGAUGAUUUAGCAUCCCUUGCUAUUGCUUGCGUUGCUAGUAUCCUCUCCUUCAUCAUUGCUCUCUUCAACCAAGGCCAGCAACCUAUCCCGGUACCAAUUCAAUUGGAUACAAGUCACGUCAGUGGGGCUUCUGCUUUGGCCACAGCGUCCACGACCGUCAUUAUACUGGAAUCUGGCUCUCCGAUCACUGUCACGCCAAGCCCAGAGCCUCCAGACAUGUCAGGAACCAAUGUCUCAUCAAUAACCACUGUAACAAGCGCAGUCAAUGGCUACCAACCAGGCGAUGUGGCCAUCGUCAGGAUUUCCAAUCAAUGUCCCGCGGGCGAAGUUUUCAUAGCCCAGAAACUUCAAAAGCGCUUGGAUGAUCUCGGUCCCGCUCUCUGUGCAUCAUUAAGGUUGGUGAUGAACACUACCCCAGGAGGGAUGUUUCCCGAGCUCAUCUUCCUCCAACCUCGAGCUUUUCCGUGGACUUCUGCGGACGCUGUGAGUGCUAUGAAUGUAGCCAUCGCGUUUGCCCGAGCCCAGGCCCCGGACCUAGGGAUUACUCCCGACCGGGCUGCGGCGCUCGGUACAGUAGCUUUCGCCAUUGCCUGGGAAGUGCUGGUAUAUGGCCAGACGCUCUCGACCAGCAAUGUUAUCCCAGCCGCGUCCCUCGAAGGCGCGACCAUGACCGCACCUCCGUGUCCUACGCAGUACUGUAACGCUGGCUGUAGAAUGAUUGGUGCCAUUGCUGAUUGCAGCAUGAAGUGUAGCAUGCCAACUGAUCAGCACUACGACAAUAAUACCGUGGACGGUGACCGUUAUUAUAACAUGCUCGGUCACUCUAACAGCGCCAUGGACUACGUAUGGGUCCAUUCGACACGUUAUAUACUCCUAUAUAAGAGUUUUGGUGACGGAUUUCCCCAAGAGCCACCAUACUGGGGACCUCAUUACCAAAUCUGGGCAGCCAGUGACCAGCAUAGCUCUGAUAUCGACAGAAGAGAUCUACACCUUGCGGACUGAGACGGUGAUGGACCAUGUGACAUCAUAUACGUGGACCCUAAUGAUGGCAAGAUGGAGGUCUGGUUGAAUCACUACAAGAAAGGAGGCGAUAUAACCAAGUGGAUCCACGUGAGCGACGCGAGUCCUAGAG